ACGACGAACAACAAAAACACAACCAUAAUGGCUGCUUAAUUCGGAAAACAUAAAUUUGAUGCGCAGCGAAUUUCCGGUUUUUCUGUAUUUCGAAUAAUAAGUUUUAACAUCUGCUCUCUCAAAAUGACUUCAGCAUUGUAUCUUGAACACUAUCUUGACGGGUUGGAGCACUUACCAAAUGAAUUAAAGCGUAAUUUCACCCUGAUGCGCGAUUUGGAUUCCCGGGCACAGGUUCUUAUGAAAUCCAUUGACGAAAAGGCUAAUGAAUUCAUGAAACAGUUAGUGAACACAAAGGAAAACUUCCCGGAAGACGUGAAAAAAGAGAAACUUCGCACCAUUCAGGAGUUGUUCAAUAAGGCCAAAGAGUAUGGCGACGAUAAGGUACAGCUGGCUAUUCAAACAUACGAGCUAGUAGAUAAACACAUCCGUCGUUUGGAUUCGGAUCUGGCUCGAUUUGAAGGAGAAAUUCAGGACAAAACCUUGAAUGCUCGAGAAAAACUGGAGGAAACGGUUACCAAAAAAGGUGGCAGGAAAAAAGUGAAGGAUGCGAAAAAUUCAGCAAAAAAGAAACGCGCUCACUCGUCGGAAGAUGAGGGAAGGGCUGCUGGUGCCGCUGGAACCGGUGGAAGCGGAACUGCUGGUGGAAACGCCAGUGCCAACGGUAAAGGCAAAAACAACAAGAAGCAGAAGGUAAAUCAAGAAAAAGAAGGCCGCAAAGGUCAUAAGAAAAAUGCUGAACUGGACGAUAGUGCACAGGAAGGAGGUCACGGUACUCCACACCCGAGUGAUGUGCUAGAUAUGCCCGUCGAUCCAAACGAACCCACUUAUUGUCUAUGCCACCAGGUUUCGUAUGGCGAAAUGAUCGGUUGCGAUAACCCAGAUUGCCCCAUCGAAUGGUUCCAUUUUGCGUGCGUCGGAUUGACCACCAAACCAAAAGGAAAAUGGUUCUGUCCAAAAUGUUCACAGGAUCGGAAGAAGAAGUAGACAUCAGCAGUGGUCGUCAGUUUUCUUAGUUUCUUUCAUGUCUAGAUUAGUAUGUGUAGUCUGCUAAGUAAAGUAUUGUUGUAUGAGGUGAAUAUUUUCCGAAAUAGUAUUUUGGACGAGUGCGAAUGUUUCGGACGUGAUUGUUUGAAAAAUAUAGUGAUGCUUUUCUAUUCCAAUUGAA